CAGUGUUCUUUGUGCUUUGUUUGUCUUGUAAUAAAACUACAACUAUGUCGAUAGUCUUGUUAUAAUUAUGUUGUUGUUUUCCUGCUUUAUGACACUUGUUGAAUUACAUUCAACUAGAAAUCAAACAAAGCCAAGCUAAAAAGCUGUUACUGAGAACAGCUGUUUUCUUUCAACCUGUUUCAACAUGUCAUAUGCUUUGUGGGAACAACUUGUUUUCAGAGCUGUACGGCCAGGUUCUUCACUCACAAGCUGACGUAAAAUAGAAUUACAGACUUAGCCAUGGUCAAGCCAUCAACAGAGAAAUCAAAAACACAAGUCUGCAGGUUAAGACACUAUGCAUUACUACUGGCUUGUUUUCUUUGGACAUCAUUCUGUUUGGCUCUAUGGGCAGUGAAUGGUGGGAUCCACAUUAAACAAUUUCAGCCCCCCAGACCAAAACCAGUUCCUCAAAAUAACAGUUAUUCCAUAACAUCUGCCUUUGACAUGGGAAUCGGUGAUGAGGAGUGGGAAAGACUACAGAAAGCUAUUGACUGGUCUAUUCCAGAUCAAGAAAUCACUCGUCUGGAUCAGAGCACAAGUCCAGUCCACUCAACUUUCUCUAUUGUGGGACUCAAAGAGAGUUACAAAGUGGGAGAAAAGAUCUCUGUUACUAUCACAGCCAGAGACCACAACAAGAACCUGAAAAGAUAUGGAGGCGAUUUUUUCAAAGCAAAACUUUUCAACACACAGCUAAAAGCGAGUGUGUACGGGGAGGUUGUGGAUCAUCGUAAUGGGACUUACUCUGUUCCUCUUCUUCUGCCCUGGGAGGGUCAGGCACAGGUUUUUGUGCGUCUUGAGCACUCCAGUGAGGUUGUGCAGAUUCUUAAGAAAUACAGGGACUCUUCAUUCCCACGAUCCCACUAUAAUGGCUACUUUGAAGGAUCAGGACCCGAUAAAACCAGGAUCAGUGAAGUAGUAGAAUGUAAUAUUAAGUGGGGUGCAGAUGGAGGUUGGAGGAAAGGCGACUGCUGCUGUGAGUACAAGGAUAUAAGAACAGGGACGGUGUGGCUGUGUGAGAGACCGAAGAAACUUUCCUGUGACAAACUAGUUCAUCACUCACACGGAGUUUUGGAAAACCCAUUAAAUAGUUUUGAGAAGCAACUUUUUGCAAUGAAAUUAACAGAUGUUGCUAUCAGUGGAGACAAAAAAAUCCUGAAUGGCCUUUCCAACACUGUAGCCAAUGGCGCAGUGGAGAAAUGUAGGACUGGCAUGACGACACCAGUUCCUGCAGGAUUUUAUUUGAAAGAUGUCUGGAAGUCUUUUGUAUGCAACACUCGACAGUUCAGUCCUGCACAAAUGGCAAACUGUCUUAAAAACAAGAUUGUCUAUUUGAUGGGAGACUCCACCACAAGGCAGUGGUUUGAGUACUUAGAAAGAACAGUGCCGGGCAUAACAAGAUUGGACCUCCACACUCAUCAUGAACUUGGACCCCUGAUGGCUGUGGAGUUGAAAAAUAACAUCAUUAUUCACUGGAGGCUACACGGUGUUCCUUUGCAAUCUGGUAAAAUGCCUAUUACUGACCUGCCUUAUAUCAACAAUUACAUUGACACAAUAGCUGGUGGGCGUCAUGCAGUCAUUGUCUUCACAUACUGCGCUCACCUGGUUUUUCACCCGAUAACAUUUUACGUGCAUGAAGUGGCCAAAAUCCGCCAGUCUGUUGUUUCACUGCUGAGCCGCGCUCCAGAGACCACCGUCAUCAUCAAGUCUGGAAACACUCAAGGACUAAAGAAUAUUUUUCAAAGUGAUUGGAACGUGUUGCAGUUGGACACAGUGAUGCGGGAGAUGUUCAAAGAUAUUGAUGGAGUCAUCUUCUUAGAUGUCUGGCAGAUGACUUCCUGUCACUAUCUACGUGAAAACAUUCACCCAGAACCUGUUAUUAUUGCUAAUGAAGUCGACAUGUUGCUGUCAUAUGUCUGUCCUGCCUGAGGCCUGUUCAAAUUGAUUUGGUUCCAUAAAGCAAAUGGGAAACUUAUCUGGUUGGGGAAAGACUAAUCAAGUUGUUGCUUAACCAUAAUUCCUCCAACACUGACCCAGUGGUAGUGUGAUGAUAUUACCAGACUCUCUGGCAGUGGUGUAGGCAGAUUUUUAGUUUUCAUUUCAUCAUUCUACAGUAAAUGUGGACUAUUCAAUUUACGGCUAUUUAUUUUAUUUUAUUUAUUUAUUUUUAUUAUUAUUUUAUUUUUUUUAUUUUUUUUGGCAAUACAUUAUUUAAAUUAAUAGACAUGCAUAGUCAUACUUAUACAUAUGUGACCCUGGACCAGUCAUAAGUAGCACAGGUAUAUUUGUAGCAAUAGCCAACAAUACAUUGUAUGGGUCAAUAUAUAUAUAUAUAUAUAUUUUUAUUUUAUGCCAAAAUUCAUUAGGAUAUUAAGUAAAGAUCAUGCUCCAUGAAGAUAUUUUGUAAAUUUCCUACCAUAAAUAUAUGAAAACUUCAUUUUUUAUUAGUUAGAUGCAUUGCUAAGAACUUCAUUUGGACAACUUUAAAGGCAAUUUUUUCAAUACUUUUUUUUUUUGCACCCUCAGAUUCCAGACUUUGAGUAUUUGUAACUGUAUUUGACAAACCAUACAUCAAUGGCAAACUUAUUUAUUCAGCUUUUAGGUGAUGUCUGAAUCUCAAUUUCAAAGAAUGACUGGUUUUGUGGUCCAGGGACACAUAUAUGUGGCAUCAGUCACAAAAUGUAUGAAAAAUAAUAUUUGUGAGGAUGACUGUCAACAGCUGGUCUUAAAAUAGAAACCACCAGGGCUGGGGAGUAACAAAAUACAUGUAAUGGCGUUACGUAUUUAAAAUACAAAAUAUGAGUAACUGUAUUUUGUUAUAAUUACAUUUUAAAUAGGUGGUAAUCAAAUUACAGUUACAUUGAAAAGUACUGUAGAUUACCAAAGUGAUUACUUUGAAUUUUAAUGUAAUUUAUUAAUUUAAUAUUCAUGUAAACAGUUUGGGGAUUUUAACCAAUAAGGCAACUGAUUCUCCGUUGGAAAAAAAAAAAAAAAAGAACUGCAUGCAGCAGCCUGUUCAUUUAGCAACUGGUAGUGAGAGUGCAUACGCUCAUCACGACACAUAAAUGGAAGACACAACAGAAAGCCAUUCACAUAAUGAAUUUCUCUCGUGGAAAUACAGAAUUAUUAUAUAAUUCUGUAUUUCCACGAGAAUUAUAUAAUUUUGAAUUAUUAUAUAAUUCUGAAAAAGAUAACGUAACAUCUAUGCCUACCGUAACGUAACAUAUAUGCAAUGCCUACCUGCAACAAAACUUAUAUCAGCAUCAGAGGAUACAACAUCUUAUCUGAAAAAGCAUCUUGAGGGAAGUUGUUCUUGAUCUUUGAAAAAUUUUGUCCAGUAACUCGUUUUUCUGUUUUCUCAUAUUUUGAGUGUUGAAUCAUUACGUUUAAUAUUUAUAAGAAUUUAAUUGAAAAAUGACACCGAAUUCUCCUAGAUGUCAUACUUUGAAUUCAGUUAACAGAUCCAUACGAAUCAUGCAUGAAAUAAAAGUUUAUAAAGUCAAACGAUAGCUUUGUGUGUCUUUAUUCAUUCAAAAAUCUAAAACAGAUCAUCUUUGGCGCGGUAAUGCAAGAAGUUCAUGAUUCGAUUCAUGCACAGAUGAUUCUUUUGAGUCAAUCUUUUAAAUAAAUCAUUUUAUUGAAAUUUAAUGACAUUACUUGCGACUGUAGUCGCUUUGGGAAAUGAGCCCUGUCAAUUUUGACUCAGCGAUCGCUUCUCCAUAGAGAGGAUUAUGAAGUAAUCACUUAAAGUGCCCCUAUUAUGCCAUUUUUAAGGUUGCUAAUAUUGUUUUAUGAGUCUCCUAAAACAGG